AUGGAUGCCGAGGACGACGAGCUGUACAGCGGUUAUGACGACGACGCCGGCGCAGGGGCCGCAGCGGCGGCGUCGCCCGCUUUCACAGGGGCCGAGUCUGCCUCCCCAGGAGCCCCCCCGUCCACGGGCGGCGGCAUGGCGGCGCCAGGGACGGCGGGCGGGCGCGUGGGGACUGCCAUGGGCUCGGACGGCAUGGCCCGCCCCAUGACCAGCAACCGCGGCGCCGGCUUCUCUUCGGCGCCCCGCGCCAAAUUCGACCCCCUCGGCGGCCCCGGCCGCUCAGCGCUGGCCGCGAACGGCCCCAGCAGCCUUCUGCCUAGGAAGGGCAAGGCCAGCCCCGAGGAGGCGGCGCGCGACAUGGAGCGGCGGGUGCACGCGCUGCUGGAGGACAGCGCUGCGGCGCACGCGCGCGGCGAGCAGCAGCAGGCCCUGGAGAAGGCGCUGGAGGCGCGCAAGCGGGAGAGGGCGCUGACUAAGUUUCGGGACGCCAACAGCGUGGCGGAUUAUGGCGGCCCCGAGCUGACGUUUGCGGCGGAGUUUCAGGUGGCUGCCAUGUACGCGGCCAACCGGCUGUGGCAGGAGGCGCUGGACGGCUACACAGCCCUCCUGAAGAACAAGCAGCAGCCGCAGGGCGCCAGGCUGCGCAUCAACAUCGGCAACGUCUACUUUGAGCAGGGGAAGCUUCCCCCCGCCAUCAAGGCGUACCGCAUGGCGCUCGACACGCUGCCCGCCUCCGCCGGCCCGCAGCGCGCGCGGCUGCUGCGCAACAUCGGGCUGGCCUUUGUGCGGAUGGGGCAGUAUGCGGACGCGGCGGCAGCGUACGAGGCCGCAGUCGGGGCGCAGGCGGAGCAUCAGGCGGCGUACCAUUUGGUGCUCUGCUGCUACGCCCUGGGGGACAUGGAGGGCAUGCGCGCCGCGUUCUCGUGCCUCGUCAGCAGCCCCGAGCUGCCGCCGGAGGCCGACGGCGGCUCCAACUCGGACGACAGCGACGGCGACGACGAGCACGCGGGGGGGCACGCCCGCGGCCGCGGCCGCGGCCGGGGCGGUGCCGGCGCGGCGGGGGCGGGGCCGAGGGGCGGGGCGGACCGGCUGCGGGAGGAGGAGCGGCGGCGGCGGGCGCUGGUGCAAGAGCGCGUCCUGACAGCAGCGCAGCUCGUAGCCGAGCGCAUGGACCGCGACGGCCCCGCGGCCGCGCAGCAAGGCGGCGGCGGCGGCAGCGGCGGCGGCGGCGGCUUUGACUGGUGCGUCGAGCAGCUGCGGGCCUCUGGCCACCCUCUGCUGGCGGCUGAGGUGGCGCUGUCAAAGGCGGGGCGGUUCCUGGCGGCGCGGGACGUGGCGGGGGCGACUGCGGUGUUCAAGGCAUUUGAGAACAAGGAGAGCAGCCUCAGGUGA